AUGGUGAUUCCGGACAGCCCCAUCCAACGUUUGCGUCCAGCAGCUACGUGGGCUCCGCGGCGUGCUGUGUUGACGACGCUGUCGAACAACAUCAGGCAGAGGCAGGCGAAGAGGAAACUCGACUUCGAGGAGGGCGAAGUCAGCGGCGAAGAGGAUAGCGUGCUCCCUCAAUCAAAGAAACGUAUGCUGGAUGAGGACUCCUCUCUCGUGCCCUUAAUAAAGGAGGCUGAAAUGGGGUUUGUAGAACUCAUUAACAAACCAGUAGCCAAGCCAUGGGUCCCCUUACGCGAGUUAGAGGAGGAUCAACCAUACCGCAUCGUGUCCGCGAGGGAGCACACGAACCAACAUGGUCGCCGCAUAAUUUUGAAAAUAAUCAAUGCAGGAAGCAAAUGCGAGGUGUAUCUACCUCAAAGAUUUGCUUCCUGCAUUGAUGCGGGAAAAAUUCGGGAAUUCAAUGAAACGUGUAAAAAUUAUGUGUUAGUAGUUACGCAUAAGUGCCCAAAUUGGACAGAUAUAAAAAUUGUUAAAGCUUAACAAUUUUUAUAUCUGUAUACAAUUUGGACACUUAUGUGUAACGAAUUGUAUAUAUAUGUAUGUGACUAGAUGAAUAGAUCAAUAAAAUGAGUGUAUAUUUGAUAAAAAAUUGUUUUCAAUUCUUACCUGUUGUUGUUGACGAUGUUGAUAAGUUUGUAAUGAAUAUCACACAGAAGAAGAAGAAAUGCUUCAGCUGCUCUGUUGUGAAUGAUAAUUUAAAUAAGGUGAGCAGGUCUUUUAUAGUUUGUUGUGAGCAUGCUCAGUAGACUUACCGCUAGAGGCACACAGCUGUGCAGGCAAGCGCUGGCAGCUUCUCGCCCCCUCCUUCUCGUGCUCCCACAGAUGUGGGUGGGCCAGCAUCAUUUCUUCCCUUUUCAAAUCACAUUCACCUUUUCAGAUUUGAAAUAAUAUUCUUAUCAUUCAAGCAAUGUAUCACUUCAAUCUGACAGUAUAGCAUUAGAUGUAGAAAUAUGAAUUCACUUCCAACUCAUUGGUUGAACAUCAAACCAAAUCAAGUUGAUGUAUUGAUUAAUUAAUUAACCUCAGUUAAUUUUCAACCAUUGAGUUGAAAGGUAAUGAAAAAUGGUAUGUAGGAGAAAAAAGCAGAGUUCGAGAAAAAAGCAGAGUUCAAGGAAACGG